AUGGAGCCACCCACAAGCUAUGAAGCUGAAAAGCACCCAGUAGUGGGACAAGAACAGGACAGUGGAGAAGCAGGUAAGGAUAAAGAAAAGGAAAACUCUGACAUACCGAGGAGGACUGGGCAGUCUCAAGUCUACACUGCAACUAGAGACACACUUUUCUCAAAGAAGACAACUGAUGCUGAAGCACAUGUACUGUCACUAGAUUUCAUCUGUGGCAUGAACCCUGCUCUUCCCGUUUUCACUCUGCAAGACCAGGAUGAGCUGGUUUUGCUCUAUGCUGCGGCUCAUGUUGGGAUUAUUUACAAUCAUACCUCAAAGUCCCGGCACAUGCUUAAGGGGCACUCCCACUCCAUUUCAUCUAUGUGUGUGAGUGAAGACAGACGCUGGAUUGCAACAGCAGACCAGGGACCAAAUGGCAUGGUGAUCAUAUGGGACUCCUACUCUGGUAUUCCUGUGAACACGUUGUUUGAUUGUCAUCCUGACGCCGGUGUCAUAGCAAUAGCGUUUUCAAGCGAUACAAAACAUCUGGCAACACUUGGGACCGAAGAAUUUCAACGUGUGUGCAUUUGGGACUGGACCAAUGAAUCAGAACAGCCUCUGUGGUUUACCGAGCUCAAUCCUAAAUAUGGUUUUCAGGAUUACAUCAUGUUUAGGCUGAAGAAUAGCUCUCAGCUGCUCAGCAGCAGUGAAAGUCAUGUGUUAUUCUACAGCAGCGCAAGUGGAAGUCUGCAGUACGCUGACCUGAAGUUCAAGAAGUUCAAUAAGGAAACCAGCGGUGCUGGUGAAUUUACUUCGGACCGCUCUGAAAAUUUUGGUGUGGCAAAUAUGUCUCUCAGUCGGUCUGUGUUUCACUGGGAAGAGCCUAAGAUCCUAAUAGCCUCUGGAGGGGGUGUUGUUGAGUGGCUUGUGAAAGAAGACACAGCCAAAGACACGGCCAAUCGAAUCAACCUCCAGCAACAGCAAAUCACUGUUCUGGCCGUCACCGACGGCUGCAUCGUAACUUGCAAUACUGAAAGCCACGUCUGCUUUUACAAUGGCAAAUUCAUCCUGCUCGCUUGGUACACUGAAUUAAAUCUGGAUGCCAUUGUUUCUAUUUCAUUUUCCAAAGAGUGGAAGAGGAGGCAGCAGGAGUACAGACUGGAUUCCAAACCCUUAAUUACCAGGAACUUCACUGUGACCACUGUCAGUCACAGAGUUGUGCAUGUGAAUGCAGAGAGCCUCAUCACUCAAAUUGUGCUGGACGAGGAUUAUGAGCCUAUACGUGCAGUGACAUGCCACCCCAGUCAGUCAGCUGUGGUCACUGGCAACCACGGAGGCAUUUUAGAGAUGUGGGACUAUAGCAGCAAAGUACGCAGUGGUAGAAAGGUCUUUAAGACAGAGAAGCAGAUUCAGUGUGUCACAUUUGACCCUAAAGGAUUAUAUCUGGCUGUUGGUUUUGCAAGUGGAGCUGUUCACAUACUGAAUGCCAGAACCUUAGAGAGUGAACAAGAGGAAGCUUUACAUUACACCAAAGACAGCAUCCAACUCAUCACCUUCUCCUCAGACUCAAAGUAUCUCGCCACUGCAGAUGCCGGAAAAGCAGUGUCAGUGUUUCACUUGAUCACCAAAGAAGGCUCUUCACCUCAGUGGAUGCAUUUGGGUAGGAUCCACUCUCACUACAAGCCCAUCAAAGAUCUUCUUUUUGGGGUUCACCUGGACAGCACCCAACCCAGACUACUCUCUCUGGGAAUGGACUGCCAACUGGUGGAGUACGACCUGGAGAACAGCAGCGUGGACCGGCUUGUCAUCUUAAGCUCGGAGCGCAUUGAGCAAAGCGGCGUGCCAAUGUGCAUGACUUGGUAUCCUCCCCUUACGGCAGAGCAGUUUCUCCUCAUCGUCACGGAUCAAUAUAAGAUGAGGCUUUUCAACAGCACAACAAAGAUGUGCAGAAAGACCCUUCAAGGCCCAACAUAUGGCUCUCCAAUUAAAAAGAUAGUGGUUCUUCCCAAGUCUGAAAAAGCUGAUACAAACUCAUAUUACCUGGCGUUCAUCACAAUGGAAAAGUUGGGUCUCCAGAUUCUGCCACUGGAUGGGAACCCCUACAAAUCGAAUGCUUUGAUCUGCCAUUCAGCAGGAGUGUCUGCGUUUGCCUGCUCAUAUGAUGGCAGAUUCAUUUUCACUGCAGGAGGAGCAGACUGCACAGUCCUCUCAUGGGAAAUAAACUUGAAUGUGCUUGAGGCAGCAGCCGCUUUGGGCGGAAAGGACAUGGUACCUUUUUACAAUCUCUUAGAGGGAGGACGAGAUGGCAGGUUCUACAGAGAGAUGGAGGACUUUUUUUAUUACUGCCAAGUCCAUCAUCAAGGCGUGGACUCGAUGGAGAAACGACAAGUGUCUUGCAAAAUCCCCUUGUCAGAGGUUUCCUCUCUCAUGAGAGCUUUGGGGUACUAUCCUACUGAACAAGAGAUAGAAGACAUGCAAAAUGAAGUUAAGUUCAGUAAGUAUGCCGAAACAGGAAAAUAUGUAAAUGACAUUGACCUGGAGGAAUUUAUCAAGCUGUAUGUCAACCACCGGCCGGCCUUCAGCAUCUCUAGCAGUGAUCUGGUUAGAGCUUUUUGGACCCUUGGGAAUGUUGACAGCACAGGACAGCCCGUCCUACAGAGACAAGAGCUGAUAGAACUUCUACAGGUUCGAGGAGAACACAUGACAGAGGAAGAGGUGGUGGAGUGUUUCACUGCUCUUUUAGGCCUCGAUGAUGUGGAGGAGGAGGAGGAGGAAGAAGGAGGGGGACUAUCUGAACCUAAAAGUGGACAUUCAGAGUAUACGCUGGACUCUGUGAUCCCAAGUGAGAUAUCUGUGGAGACAUUCACAGGUCAGAUCCUGGGCUUCACGUCCUCAGCAGAACAGAGCAGAGCAGCAAGUCUUCCCCUCCAGAGUGAUGAACCAAAAACGUCUGCCUGAGAAUCUGUGUUUAUGACGAGGUUUUAGCUCUGUU